UUACAGCAAAGGACAACACAAGGCAACAAGAAGGUUUAAUUCAGAAGUCAACUCUUCACACCAGAAGUCAGAAUGCUUUAUACAGAGUUACUGCAAUUGUGGAAUGAGUCAGUGCAUGCAAUGGAUAACAAGGACUGGCAAGGAGCUCUGGAAAAGCUGGAACAGAUCACUGAACCUACAUCUCGUACUCUCUUCAAUGCUGCAUCAGCACACCUGUGUCUGGGACAGCUGGAUUCCGCCCUUAAGGCUUUAGAUCUCACAAUUGUCAAGGAUCAACGUCUCUCCAUUGCAUUCUUCCAGAGAGCAGCAGUAAUGAUGCAGCUUGACAGGUUGGAAGAGGCUCUGUCUGACUGUGUCUGGGCACAGAAACACUUGAGGGGAAAUAUGGUCAUUGACUAUAGACAACUUGGGCUGCGUUACAAGCUCUACAGCUGGCAGGUGUUACAUAAUGCAGCAGCUGUGUACUGCCGAAUGGACCAGUGGGAGCAAGCCAGAGAUAUUCUCUUGUCAGAAAGUCAAGGGGGGAAUUUGGAGAUGGCUUUGGAUAGCAUCCUGAGAAAGGAAAUUCUUGCGCCCCUCCUGGUGCCUGAGGGUGUGGUGUUUCGUCCCAGAAAAAAGGAUGUGGAACAGCUCAAGCAGAGAGACUUCUUAGGAAAAGCAAAGGUGAUUUCCUCCAUGAUUCCAAAUGAUGAUUUUGGGGGAUUUGAACCUCUCCGAUUACAGAAACCUGGUUAUUAUCAGCCCAAAGUGGAUGGUGCUCAGGAGUCUCGCUACAUGUGUUUGGCAGUCCCUUACAUGGCUCGAGGCCCAGGUCAGUUGACAGUGCCAGGAGGUUCCAAGGUAUUUUUAUUCGAAGAUCAGGACAAGGAUGGGAUGGCAACUGUCAUAUAUGAUGGACAGAGAGGACUUGUGCCAAUGUCUUUGCUCAAGCCAGCAAAUAUCAAGAUGACCAAAGGCAAAACUGAGAAUACACUUCCUACUGGGAUUCCCCUCCCUCCAGGACUAAAGCCACCCACUCGUCCGCAAAAAUGGUCCCGUUCGGCAGCUCCUACUUGGGGAGGACAGUUAUCUUCAGAUAUACCACCCCCGUCCUACUCGUCUGCCACCCAUACUCAACUGCCACCCCCAGAACCUCCCAAGGACACAGCCAAUUCAGCCAGCAAUAAGGAUGACAACUCUGUCCAAGAAGCAGAAACAGACUCUGUGGUUGUAAAGGUUCACUACACAUACACUGUGGCACUGUCAGUACCCUCAAAUAUGUCAUACCAUGAACUGAAGGAAGACAUUGCUCAACAAUUGGACCAGCCAGCAUCUUCUUUACGCCUCAGACAUAAGAAGCAUGGUUCUCGGCUACUGGUACCUCUGGAAUGGGAAUUAGGGGCAGGGGGGACCAUACAAGAGGUCUCAGAGGCCGGCAGAACAACUCUGUGGUGCCAGGUUGAAAAUUCUCUGCGCAACCAUACCAUCCUCUACCAAAUGGUGGCACUAUAUGAUUAUUCUGCUCAGGGUCCUGAGGAUUUAGAAUUCAGUGAAGGGGAUACCAUUGACAUCCUGGGUGAAGUGAACGAAGAAUGGCUGGAGGGACACUGUGCAGGAAAUAUCGGCAUCUUUCCCAGCAGCUUUGCCAUGAGGGAAAAUGAAAACUUUAUGUAGAUGUGAGAGUUUUGAAAACUGAGUUUUAAUGAACAAUAUUUCUGUGAGGUCCAAUCUGUUUCGAUGCAACCUUCAGUUAAGCCAAAUUGCUAAACACCUUUUACAUUAUAUUUUGCUUUUCAUUGAUUACACGAACAUUGUUUUCAGAAAAUUGUUGAAAACAUAAAUUGUGGUAGCAAUAUUAUAUUCCUUUAUAAGUUUUAUAAAAACAAUACUGGUCUCAUAUUGGUAAUUGAAAAUGAAGCAGUAAUUAAAUUUUAAAAAAUU